UCCAAGUGGCGCAUCAAAUAUGGCGUCUGCCAUGGCGUCAAAAACAUGCUCUUUCGUCUCGCGGUGGAAGCAUUUGUUACGACAGCCGGCUACUAACGCAAAGUCUUGGGCACAUCAUGCUAGAAGAACAUGUUCAAACACAAGCGUCGCUGAUCCUUACAAGUGUUCCGAUAACAUAGACAUCGAGGCUUUGUUCAUCAGUCCGAAAGUGCAGAACUUUCUCCAAAAGCUCGCGGGUUUUGACCUCGACAAAAUCUUCGCUCCGAUCCCCGUGCCGUUGAACACGCCGCGCUACAAGUUCCUCACAGAUGAACAACUUGAAGAGGAACUGCAAGACUCCCGCCGUCGUGCCCGGCAAAAACUGCAGAUGCCACCAGUGCUUCGAGAACGCAAGCCAUGUGAGAAAGUGCUCGCCAAGGAUCCAGAAGUCCAGGGCUUCUCCAAUAGCACGCACAUCUUCACGGACAUUUCUUAUGGCUACAAAGAUCGCGAGCGCCUUAUUGUCGUUCGAGAACCUGAUGGCGUACUCCGUACCGCCAACUGGGAGGAGAGGGAACGCAUGCUGCAGACCUACUUCACUAACAAGGACAAGUCCUUCUACAUGCCCAAGAUGUUUGAGCCCGGUUACUUACAGGAUGUUUUAGACAAGCAGUGGUAUCGGUUUGUGUUGGACAGGGCCUGCAUUCAGUUUGAGCCAGAUGACGCCGAAUAUAUCAGGGUUACGCACACGACGUACGACCACAUUGAUGCCAAGCGUGGCUUCCAUGAGCUGCGUUCAACCCGGCAUUUUGGCCCCAUGGCUUUCUACCUGGCCGUCGUCGGCAAGGUGGACAACCUACUAAUCGACCUGCUUCAGAGGGAGAUGAUCGAAGACACUGGUCCCCUGUUAAGGCUGUUCUACCACAUACAUCCACCAGCCGAUGGCACACAAGUGGAUGAAAACACAGACAACAUUGAACUCGUCAAGUUCUACACGAGGAACAACUCCCAGAAACGCAGCCACAUGGAGCUAGCCCUACAGACCUACUUGGAGGUUCGCAGCAGCCGAGAAGAAGCAGAGAAGAACCUGGCCUCUGCCAGAGGCCAUUAGUGAUCACCCAUGCAUAAUAAACAUUAUACAGUAUAGUUGAACACUUUAGCAA